GGGAGAGAGAGAGAGAGAGAGAGAGAGAGAGAGAGAGAGAGCAUAUAUAAUGGGUCAGCUGUGGACAUCGUACAAAAACUUCCGAGCACUCGCAGGGCCAGUACUCAUGCUGCUGUAUCCUUUACAAGCAUCAGUAAUGGCCAUAGAGAGCAGACCAAUGAAUGUGGAAGAGAAUGAGCAAUGGCUCGCUUACUGGAUCUUGUACUCGUUUCUCACCCUCAUGGAGAUGUUACUCCAGCCCCUUUUGCAAUGGAUACCAAUAUGGUAUGACGCGAAGCUACUGUUCAUGCUGUGGCUGGUUGUUCCCCACUAUAAAGGUGCGGCUUUUCUUUACGACAGGAUUAUGAGAGGGCAUGUUCUCAAGAAACUUGGACAGAUCACAGACCGUUACAAGCCGGAGUGAUGCUAUUUCUUCUAUGGAUGCAUCACUCCCCCACUCUGCCCCAAAGUAAUUAAUGGUGUUCUUCCUCGUGAUUUGGCAAGAAACUCAAUCAGACGAAAGGGUUUAGCUUUGAUAUACUGAAGACGAAUAUUAAUUAUCAAAUAAAGUAGACAUAUGGAGAGCUCCUCUGUGUACAUUUGUUCGUGCUAUGUAUAUCAGUCAUUGAUGCUUCUUUCUCUAACUCUCAUCAUAUACUGUCUUAAGGCUAUCGCGAUCUGGCCCCUCUCCUCACAUAUUCAUGUGCUAUUUGAUAAAUUUAGCAAAAAGUAUGGUUAUAAAAUUGAUAUUUUGGUUAAGGGUGU